UAUCUCUCGUGUCUGGGGUGCCCUGCAGCCACCUCCAGAAGACUAGAGGCCCGGGAAGCGGCUGCCAGGAGCACCGGCCAAGGGGUUGGAGGUGGGGUGGUGAGCCCGGAUCUUCCCUUCUCGGGCACCCUCAGCUGAGUUCGGGUUGCUCUGCCAUGAACCAUCCAGCCCCUAGGGCCCCGCCGCCGCCCCCCCGCCGUGUGCGGCUGAAGCCUUGGCUGGUGGCCCAGGUGAACAGCUGCCAGUUCCCUGGGCUCCAGUGGGUCAAUGGAGAAAAGAAAUUCUUCUACAUCCCCUGGCGCCAUGCCACGCGGCACGGGCCCAGCCAGGAAGGAGAUAACACCAUCUUCAAGGCCUGGGCCGUGGAGACCGGCAAGUACACGGAGGGGGUGGACGAGGCCGACCCCGCCAAGUGGAAGGCCAACCUGCGCUGCGCCCUGAACAAGAGCCGCGACUUCCGCCUCUUCUACGACGGGCCCCGGGGCAUGCCGCCGCAGCCCUACAAGAUAUAUGAGGUCUGCUCCAGCGUCCCCGCACCCGCAGAGUCCCAGCCCAGUGAGGAGUACACAUUUGGUGCUGAAGAAGAGGACGAGGAGGACGAGGAAGAGCUCCAGAGGAUGUUGCCAAGCCUGAAACUCACAGAUGCAGCACAGCCCGGACCUCCUCUGGCUCCUUACACUUUACCCAAAGAGGAGGUCAAGUGGCCACCUGUCCUGGUCCCCCCUGCUCCAGACCCCAGGCUCCUGGUCCCUGACUCCGGCCACCCCGGAGGCUUCGGGAACCUUCUCCCUGAGGACCUGCCGAACCUGCAGCCUGACCCCAUGGGCGCCAGCCUGCUCUCCACGGGUGACCAACCCAUGCCCGACCUUCUCAUCAACCCCCACAUGCUGCCCCUGACCGACCUGGAGAUCAAGUUUCAGUACCGGGGACGGCCACCUCGGACCCUAACCAUCAGCAACCCCCACGGCUGCCGGCUCUUCUACAGCCAGCUCGAGGCCACGCAGGAGCAGGUGGCUCUCUUUGGGCCGGUGAGCCUGGAGCAGGUGCGUUUCCCCAGCCCCGAGGACAUCCCCAGCGAAAAGCAGCGCUUCUACACCGGCCGGCUGCUCGACGUCCUGGACCGGGGGCUCCUGCUGCAGCUGCAGGGCCAGGACCUGUACGCUGUGCGCCUGUGCCAGUGCAAGGUCUUCUGGAGUGGACCCUGUGCCAGCACGGCCCAGGGCUGCGGCCCCAACCCCAUCCAGCGGGAGGUCAAGACCAAACUCUUCAGCCUCGAACAUUUUCUCAACGAGCUCAUCCUGUUCCAGAAGGGCCACACAGACACCCCGCCACCAUUCGAGAUCUUCUUCUGCUUUGGGGAGGAGUGGCCUGACCGCAAACCUCGAGAGAAGAAGCUCAUCACCGUUCAGGUGGUGCCUGUGGCAGCUCGCUUGCUACUGGAGAUGUUCUCUGGGGAGCUCUCCUGGUCAGCUGACAGCAUCAGGCUACAGAUCUCCAAUCCAGACCUCAAGGACCGCAUGGUGGAGCAGUUCAAGGAGCUGCACAAUAUCUGGCAGGCCCAGCAGCGGCUGCAGCCUGUGCCCCAGGCGCCUCCCGUGGCUGGCCUUACUGGUGGCCCUGCGCCCUGGCCCAUGCACCCCGUCGGCAUGCAGUAGCCACGCUUCAGGCCGCGACUGGCCCGCACAUCCCCGGUGCUGAGCUGGACUUCUGUGCAAAUGCCCGACUGGAAGGUUCAGUCUGCAUGAAUUUGGGCCAUGUAGGAGAGCCACUGAGGUCCAGGUUCUCUCUGUGGAACUUUCAGGAAGCAGGAAGCCAGGCUCUGGAGGAACUUAGUCCCACCUCCUAGGACCAAUUCAGGUUUGGCUUUCUCACCUUUCUCCUCCUGAACUAGACUAGUGAGAGCUGAGGCUCCACAGCAGGUGUUUAAGGCUGGCAGCUCCCUCUGUUCUUGAGUUUGAGAAGCUGGGGUAGAACAUGGGAGUGGAUGUAUUUUUUUGACUAAUAAAUGUAAAACAAAAAAUAGA